GCGUCAUUUGUGGAGGAACCCAAAGUAGAAGUCACGUUGGUAGAAGAAAAGAAGGAAGAGGAGGAAGACCAACAACCAAUCGAACCAAUCGUAGAAGUGGACGAAGAGGAGCAUAAUGAGAAACAGCGCAUUGACGUGGAUGAGGACGACAAGGAAGAACAGCAAAGGGAAGGCGAGGAGGAAGCGAGACAGCAAACUGACGAUGUUGAAGAUGAGGAGAUACAAAAGGUCGAGGGAGCAGAAGAAGCAAAGCAACAAUCAGAAAUUGAUGACCAAGAAGAGCAGCAGCAAAGAGAUUCAGUCGAAGUGGAACAUACAACUCCAAAGCAGCUGGAAAUGGAAGUUGAGAUGGAAACAGAACCGGUCCAGCCACCAGUGGUCAAACAGAGCGUCUCGGAGCUAUCUGGCGUUGCUGAAGAGGUCCUGGACAGCAAGGACGAAUCCGACAAUAACAAGAUUUUAAAUCUAUUGGAGCAACUCCAGGAUCGAGUUGGUCAGUUAGAAGAGGCUUUGGCCAUGAGUGAACGGCACUUUCAGACGCAGAAAGAAGAGCAUGCUCGCGAGCUAUUCAAAGAAAGAGAACAGGCGGAGGAACGACAGCAAGCACUGCAGCUGCGUUUGUACAUUAGUGAAACCAAGCUCAAGACCUAUGAAGAUGCCCUGGCAGAGCAUAUCAAGGCGGUUGCCAGCAACACGGCUACGGGACCUGUUUCGUCGUCGCCGGAUCGAGCCCCUGGUACAUCGCAUCCCGUGGAAGAGUCGCCUGGCAAACGACCUUGGGAGUCCUCUAAAGAGUAG